AACCAUGAGAACUAGCACAUUCAGAAGUCAUCAUCCUCUCUCCCCUGCCCUGCAUCUCUUGGCCAGAGAGUGAAUUAAUAAGUCAGGAGUUAGGACCCAGAGAUAGUUUUCAGACUUACACGAUCUGACAGCUGGCUGGAAACCAACGAGGUGUACUUUCAGAGACAUCACUCGUCACCCGAUGUGGAUGGUUUGAGCCCAGGACGCCCUCUCUGGGCGCCACUUUCUCUGGUCCCACUUUAGACUUUGAAGCCCUGCAUUUUCUUUCUCCCACCCCCUUUUGGAUAGAAAUAUCUUGCUGUUAAAGAGAAGGAAUCACAUCUCUCAAGCGGCCGUCAUGAUGCUGGCAGCCUUUGUCCUGGUGCUCAGCGCCCUGGGUGUCACCGGCUCAGCCUCUGCAGGAUUCAGGUCCAUCGCCGAAGCAGAAGACGCUCUGCUCAGACACUUAUUCCAAAGUUACCAGAAAUGGGUGCGCCCUGUCUUACACUCUAACGACACCAUAAAAGUAUAUUUUGGAUUGAAAAUAUCUCAGCUCGUGGAUGUGGAUGAGAAGAAUCAGCUGAUGACAACAAACGUGUGGCUCAAACAGGAAUGGACCGACCACAAAUUACGCUGGAAUCCAGAUGAAUAUGGUGGAAUUCACUCAAUUAAAGUUCCUUCUGAAUCUCUCUGGCUUCCUGACAUAGUCCUCUUUGAAAAUGCUGAUGGACGGUUCGAAGGCUCACUCAUGACCAAGGCCAUCGUGAAAUCCAACGGGACAGUGGUGUGGACGCCUCCCGCCAGUUACAAAAGCUCCUGCACCAUGGACGUCACCUUCUUCCCCUUUGACAGGCAGAACUGCUCCAUGAAGUUCGGAUCCUGGACCUACGACGGGACCAUGGUGGACCUCGUCCUGGUGGACGAGAACGUGGACAGGAAGGACUUCUUCGACAACGGGGAGUGGGAAAUACUCAACGCCAAGGGCAGGGCGGGGAGCAGAAGAGAGGGCAUGCGCCGGUACCCAUUCGUCACCUACGCCUUCGUGCUGCGCCGCCUGCCGCUCUUCUACACGCUCUUCCUGAUAAUCCCCUGCCUGGGGCUGUCCUUCCUCACGGUGCUCGUCUUCUACUUACCUUCCGACGAGGGGGAGAAGCUCUCCUUAUCCACCUCCGUCCUGGUUUCCCUGACAGUUUUUCUCCUGGUGAUUGAAGAAAUCAUCCCAUCUUCCUCCAAGGUCAUCCCGCUCAUUGGCGAGUACCUCCUGUUCAUUAUGAUCUUUGUUACGCUGUCCAUCAUCGUCACGGUGUUUGUCAUUAACGUUCACCACCGAUCCUCCUCCACUUACCACCCGAUGGCCCCCUGGGUGAAGAGGCUCUUCCUGCAGAAACUCCCUAAACUGCUUUGCAUGAAGGACCACAGGGAUCGCUACUCUUUCGCAGAUAAAGAGGACAGCCAGCCGGCAAUGAGAGGGAAAGCCCUAGAAAAAAAGAAACUGAGGCACAUGAGUGAAGGAGAAAAAGUUCUGGUUGCUUUCCUGGAAAAGGCUGCGGAUUCCAUUAGGUAUAUCUCCAGCCAUGUGAGGAAGGAGCAUUUCAUCAGCCAGGUGGUGCAAGACUGGAAGUUCGCAGCUCAAGUUCUCGACCGGAUCUUCCUGUGGCUCUUUCUGGUUGCAUCCAUCACAGGCUCGGUUCUGAUUUUCACCCCUGCUUUGAAGAUGUGGCUACACAGUUACCAUUAGAAGCAAGUCUCCAGAGCAAUCUGCACCCCACAUAUAAUGACAAUCACACCUUAGAUCUAAUCACACCGCUCCCACUCGUACACAGCAUCCAAACACACAUGCUUCCCAGGGGGCCCGGAGCAUGGAUAGUGUCCUGUGUUGGUCUCAGGGAAAUUGAACCUUGGGCAUCUGCCCACAGUAAAUUGGUGUUGCCAGGAGAGUGAGUUGGGUUUGGAUCAAGUAGAGCCUCCUAAGACCCCUUCCUGCCUUGGCUUCUGCAGACAUUCAGGGAGGAAUCCUGUGUCCAGGCCCGAGGUCAUGAGCCAGGACACACUAGGCCCAUUGCAGUGGCACCAAGAACUCCAAGAGGUGACAUGGGCAGACCUGGGUCCUUCUGCUGGUGUCCCUGGUGGUUUUGCCUGGCUGCCCGCGGGCGCUGUGUAUCCUUCUUCUGUAGCAAUGUUCUGAGCUGCUGGGCAAUUCCAACUGGUACCAGGGCACUGGCACGGCACACUUGUCAUUAGGAUGAUUUCAAGAGUGGUACCUCAAGUCCCCCCAAGACAUGGUAUUCAUUCAAAACAGUCUGAUCUUCCUCUAAGGCAAGCAUUCCUCAGGGCUCCUUUAUGGCCUUACAAGGGUUUUCUGAUGGUGAACCAGAGUGACUGCGAAUUGCAACCUGCUUUAAAGUCAGAGCAAAGUAAUAUCAGGAGAAACAAUGUCUUUGGCUACCAGGAGGGUGGUCACGAAUACCCCAUUGUCUUUUCCUAGAAAACGGAAAUACUGAACAUUCUCUGAUGAUGUUUUCUAUGUCCUGUCAUCUGCUGUAAUCCUUUUUUUUUUCUUUUUUUGUCUUUUUGGGCCACACCUGUGGCAUAUGGAGGUUCCCAGG